UUUUGUUUUCUUAUAUCAGCUUCAGAAUUUUCAAAACUCUUACAACUAUUUAACUUGAUUCAGUUCUAGAUGUUGCCACUCAAAACAAAGAUUUCCGGGUGCUUUCGACUGCUAAACCACAGUUUCAGAGACUUGUCUAUAUGUUCUUUAACUAGUUGUUUAUGUAAAUCCCUAGUGGAUUAAACCUGCUACUGUGUCGGAAAAGUGAACUAACACGUCCAUGUUUGAGCUCAGUAUGGAGGGAAAAUCUAAAGGCAUAGCUUGGGUAGGAAACAUUUAUCAGAAGUUUGAAGCUAUGUGCUUGGAGAUGGAUGAUAUGGUCUGCCAGGAAACAUUUCAGUAUGUUGAAGACCAGUUGCAGACAGUGGGAGCUAAUGUUAAACAAUUCUGUACAGAACUGAUGCAAGAAGUGCUCCCUUCAUCUCCUACCAAUCCAAAGGAAGAUCUUAACACUUCUCUGGUGCAAAAUGCUGAUGUAGCCCAUGAAGAUUCUAACAGCAGUGUUGAUAAAGAGCGCAUUAAGAAGAAAUUGAUCCAUGCCUCUUCUGUUGAAUAUGUUGAGGAUACACAUUUGUGUUUAUCUUCAGAGCACUGUGCAGAGAAUGAGUGUGCCUUGGCUCAAACCUGUAAGACUGAAGCUCUAGGCAUCGAUUGUACUCCAGACGACACAGUAUUAGAAUCAAAAGAAGAGGCUAGUCAUAAAUCUGUUCCAAAAUUGGAACUAGAAGCUGUCCCAGUUCCAUCUUUUAAUAAGGUAAAGCUUGAAGAAAGCUGCAUUAUAGUUGACAGCAGUGAGCUCUAUUCUCUAUCGAAUGAAUUACGGGAGCGCCGAUCAUUCAAGAAGAAGUUUCGGGAGUCUUUUUCUUCGAAGUCGAGGUUAUUGAAGCUGUACAAUGAACGACAUCCAAGACCUAGCAAGGAGAAAGGAAACAGCCAUGAACUAUUCAGUGACACCACCAAGUCAAAAUCACAAGAGGUGGGAUUUUCUGAAUCGGAUUGGGAGAUUAUUUAGAUAAAAUUAUAAUGGUUUUGAGAAUAAAAACAGAGACAAAGUUUUCCAUUGGUUC